AUGUUUAGGGCGUGCAUAGUCGAGGGCGUUUUUCCGGAUCUGUGGAAGAUGGGCAAACUCGUUGUUCUGCCAAAGGGUGGCGACAGGCCGCUCACUGACCCUAAAGCCUACCGUCCCAUAUUUUUGGUGCCCAUAUUGGGAAAAAUUCUGGAGCGUGUGAACAUCUCCUGCGCUCCAUGUCUCUACCGCGGAAUCUCCGAUGCACAACAUGGCUUCACGCGUGGCCGAUCCACAGUGACCGCCCUUAAUACCAUCAACCGAAUUACCAACGGAUCAACCGAGAAUUACGUGCAACUGAUCCUUCUGGACAUAUCUGGAGCCUUUGACAAUGCCUGGUGGCCAAUGGUCCUACUCAAGGCAAAAUAA